AUGAAUAAAAGGAUAUUUAGUUUAGUUUGUAUCAUCUUGUAUGUCCUUUUGGCUGUGUCAAUACAUUGCUCGGAGCAAAAAAGUGAUCAAUCUAAUACAUCUGGAUUAAGAAGUAGGGUCAUUCGUGCUAUCCAAAAAAUAAAGAGAAGCAACAAAAAAAAUGAUAUAGAACCUCAACGAGAAAACCAAUCAAAUAAUAACAAUAACAAAAAUCGUAAUCAUGAGAUAAUUGAUAGUAUUACUUAUUACAGUGAGUUCCAGCGUAAAAGGCGCAAGCCAACUACAUUUUGUUGUUUGUUUACUUGUGAAAGUAAUGAAUUAUAUGAUUAG